AAAGGUGAACGCAUAAGCUUGAUAGCUCACCUUAAUAUUGAUCAUCUUAAAUAUGUCAAUUCGUAAUGUACUGAAACCAGAGGUAGAAGAAGCAUUAACCAACUUGUUUGCCAAAGAAUAUUUAGAGAAAGCGGCUAGCUUCGUUCCAAGACCUAGUGAUGUCUUCAUUAAUUGUCCACCAAAAUGAGGCACGACAUGGGUGUCACAAAUUGUUCAUCAGUUGAGAAGCGGAGGAGACACGAGUUUUAAUGAUAUAGACGAAGUUGUGGUAUACCUUGAUCUUAUCUAUGGUGUCGAUCCAAAUUUUGAUCUAAAUUAUGAACAAAAGUUUCAACCUAGAUGUUUUAAAAGCCAUUUUUCUUAUGAUAACAUUCCUAAAGGCGCAAAGUAUGUCCUCGUUUAUCGGGAGCCAUGUGCAGUUGUCGAGAGUCAUUAUCGUUUUAAUGAAAAGUUUCUUUUUGAGCCUGGGGAAAUCACGAUGGAAGAUCAUAUUGAACCAGGUGGUGGCCAAUGGUGGCCAAAGCGUAACGAUCCGAGCGUUUUGAUGCUGACUUAUGAAGAUUUGUGCGAAGAUUUGGAAAGUUCCGUUACCUCGAUUGCUGCUUUCUUGGAAAUCAAAGAUGAAGAAAACAUAAAAACUGCGUUGAAGAUGAGCUCUUUUGACUUCAUGAAGGCAAAUGCGGAAAAAUUUGAAGAUUUUAUGUUGCGUGACCUAUUUCAUCGAGUUGGUUUUCGAAGCUCAGCACGCCUAAAACGUGUUGCAUUGGGACCAUCGAACAAAGAACGAAAUAAAAUGAGUGAAAAUGCCAUAAAAGCCAUACAAGAAAUGUGGAAUAAAUUUGUUUUACCAGCAACUGGUUUUGAAAACUACGAACAGUUUCGAUAUGUUUUAAGAAACAAAAAAUAUUAAUUCAUGUGAAGUUAUAUCAUUUAAUCAAUUUAAAUUGCAUUGUAUUACAUAUUAAAGCUAGCAUAUAACCAACAUAACACAAAAAGACAACAUAAAACUGUAUAUGGUACGUUUUGUUUUAUAGAUGUAGGUCAAAGUUUGCUCAAAACGUAGCAUAACAUUACAACGUAACAUUUUAAUUAUAUAAUAAUCAAAUUAGAUUAUAUUUAGUUACACAGGAUCAA